UGCGAACGAGGAACCGGCGCUGUGUCUGAGUUUGACGUGGCACUCCGCUCACACUUGGGCGUUCAUAGAGAAAAGCAGUCAGCCAGCCCUUCCCGUUAUACAGUCUACUUUCUGCGAAGAGAAGAAAAAGUCCUUGUAAAUCCACACCCCCUCUGGUCCGCUUGCUUUGUGCUGGUUGAUUGAAACAUCGCCCCUUGGUAUGAGACAAGCCUGACGACCAGCAAUGAGUCAGCAGGGAUAUGUUGCCACAACGCCCCUCUCCCAGGCCCAGCCUGGUAUGGGGGGGUACCAUUCUGGCUUUGGGACACCAGCUUCUCAGCCUCUCUAUGGGCACUAUGGAGCCGGCCCUCAGUUUCCCGCAGGGCUGUCAGGUUCUCCCAGGCACCUGCCUCCAUCUGUCUCAGGCGGGCCCUCAAAUCCAGGCCCCCCCCCAUUCAGCCACGCCGGCCCACAGGGCGGCAUGCAGUCCCAGAGGUUUCCCGCUCCUGCCAUCUCUGCCUCCCCCAUUUCCCCAUAUGGCCAGACUCCAUUGCCCGCCCCUCACAGCCUGCCCAGCCAAGCUCCUCCACCAGCAGACACAUCGUGUCCUUCCCCAGUUCGGCUGCUUGCCGGUCAGAUGGAAACCAUGCAUGUCGGUGGAUACGGCCAUGUUCAAAUGCAGAGUGCUCCGUUACACACUGGGACCACUGACCACCAGUUCCACCCACCCACAUCACCACCCGCCAUGGGUCACCAUGUUCUACCUUCACCUCAGCCCCAAGGCCCUCCCUCUACUCUCGGAGCCCCGUCGCUAUUGGCCGCCCCCCAGCCCGUGGGUGCCAUGACGACAGCUCAACAUAUGAGAAUGUCUGGCUCUUUCUCUGGGCCUGGCCCUCAUGGCAGCAGUGGAUUUGCACAGCCCCCAGGAACUCCUGGAACACCUGGGUUCUCACCUCAAGCAGGCACCUACGGCGGGCAGGUAUCUGCGGCUCAGCCCCCGUUCCCUGGCACCUUUCCUGGAGGAGCUGCACAGAUGGCCGGACCCCCUCAGAAGAAGCCCGACCCAGACUCCAUUCCCAGCCCGACCCAAGUCAUGGAGGAUGAGCGGAGCAGGCGGGGGGGUCAGGUGUACAGUACCAACCUCCGAGGCCAGAUCCCUCCUUUGGUCACCACCGACUUCAUGGUCCAGGACCAGGGCCACACCAGCCCCCGGUUCAUCCGCUGCACGGCCUACUCCUUCCCCUGCACGGCCGACAUGGCCAAACAGAGUCACAUCCCCCUGGCCGCAGUCAUAAAGCCCUUUGCCUCUAUCCCAAACAACGAGACUCCCCUGUACGUUGUAGACCACGGCGAGGCCGGCCCACUCCGCUGCAACCGAUGCAAGGCCUACAUGUGCCCCUUCAUGCACUUCAUUGACGGGGGGCGCCGGUACCAGUGUGGCUUCUGUAGCUGCGUUAAUGAAGUGCCAGCUUCCUAUUUCCAGCAUCUGGACCACAUGGGCCGAAGGGUAGACGUCUACCAGAGGCCCGAACUGUCGCUGGGCUCCUAUGAGUUCAUUGCCACUCUGGACUACUGCAAGGACAACAAACCCCCCAGCCCACCGGCGUUCAUCUUCAUGAUCGACGUGUCCUUCACCACUAUCAAGCGAGGCCUGGUCCGCUUGGUGUGCGAAGAGCUGAAGACGCUGCUGGACCGGCUGCCCAGGGAGGAGGGGGCCGAGCGGUCUGCCAUCAAGGUGGGCUUCGUCACCUACAACAAGGUCCUGCACUUCUACAACGUGAAGAGCUCCCUGGCACAGCCCCAAAUGAUGGUGGUGUCCGACGUGGCCGAGAUGUUCGUGCCCCUGCUGGACGGCUUCCUCGUCGACUUCCAGGAGUCCCGCUCCGUCAUCAGCAAUCUGCUAGACCAGAUCCCUGACAUGUUUGCCGACACCAGUGAGAGCGAGACCGUGUUUGCGCCCGUCAUCCAGGCCGGCGUGGAGACCCUGAAAGCUGCAGAGUGCAGCGGCAAACUCUUCAUUUUCCACUCCUCUCUCCCAACUGCCGAGGCCCCUGGGAGACUGCGGAACAGGGAGGACAAGAGGCUCAUUAACACGGAGAAAGAGAAGUCUCUCUUCCAGCCAGCGAGGGGCGCCUACGAGCAGCUGUCCAAGGACUGUGUGUCUAGCGGCUGCUGUGUGGACCUCUUCCUCUUCCCCAGCCAGUAUGUGGAUGUGGCCAGUAUGGGGGACGUCCCGCUGCACACCGGGGGGUCCGUCUACAUGUACCCCAACUUCCAGGUGGAAGCCGACAGCGACCUUUUCCUGAGCGAUCUGAGAAGUGAUGUGAAGCGGCCGAUCGGAUUCGACGCGAUCAUGCGCGUCCGGACCAGCACGGGCUUCCGGGCCACUAACUUCUUUGGGUCCAUCUACAUGAGCAACACCACCGACGUGGAGAUGGCCGCUGUGGACUGCCACAAGGCCAUCACCGUGGAGUUCAAACACGACGACACACUCAGCGAGGACACUGGCGCCUUGCUGCAGUGCGCACUGCUGUACACCACCGUGGGCGGCCGGAGGCGGCUGCGAAUCCACAACCUCGGCCUCAACUGCUGCUCCCAGCUGACCGAUCUCUACAAGAGCUGCGAGACUGAUGCCCUCAUCAACUACUUCGCCAAAUCAGCAUACGGCGCCAUGCUGAACCAACCGCUGAAGGGGGUGCGAGAGGGCUUGGCCAGCGAGGCGGCCCACAUGCUGGCCUGCUACAGGAAGCACUGCGCUGCCCCCUCGGCCAUGAGCCAGUUGAUUCUGCCCGAUGCCAUGAAGGUGUUCCCGGCGUAUAUGAACAGCCUCCUGAAGAGCGCCGCCCUUGUGGCCAGUGUGGAACUCUCCACAGAUGAUAGGGCUCUGCAGAGGCUGACAGUGUUGGGCAUGGGUGUGGAAGAGACUCAAGCCCUCUUCUACCCACGCCUCAUUCCACUGCAUGACGUUGACCCAGUUUCCACGGGGAUUCCGCCACCCGUGCGCUGCUCUCGGGAACGCCUCAGCGAACAGGGACUCUACCUGCUGGAAGACGGCCGCCAGAUCAUCCUGUGGCUAGGCCAGGCCUGCCCCCCUACUCUAGUACAAAGCAUCUUCGGUGUGCCGUCCUUCGCCCACGUCAGCACCGUUGUGGGCACCCUGCCAGAAUUGGACAACCCACACUCUAAGAGGCUCCGUGCAGUCAUCGACCUCAUCACCCAGCAAAGGCCCUACUCCAUGAAGCUCCUGGUGGUCAAGCAGAAGGAGAAGAACGAGGCUCUGUUCCUUCAGCGGCUGGUGGAGGACCCCGGGCUUCACGGCGGCCCCUCCUACAUGGACUUCCUGUGCCACGUCCACAGAGAGAUCCGGCAGAUUCUCACCUGACCCCCAUCGCCCAAUCGGGCUCCUGCAGGCCCCAGCCUGCUUCUCCCAGGGGUUCCACCAGACAGCUGAGCUGGAUCAGAGUCUUCUCUGUCUGCGCUAUAGCAAACAGCAUUUAUGCAAAGUUCUUUAAUCGCACACCUUCGAAGAGCCACAACUGCCCGCAUACACAUUCUGAAGGCGAUUGACAUAAGGGCACCUGCCUCUAUACACCACGCAGUAUGGGGAUCACCAGAUGUAGCUCUUCACAGUAAUGACUGGAUGCUUUGCUUGUAAGUCAGAUGGAC